AUGUCCGACCCAGACAUUCAUCCAAAUAUAUACAGCGAACUGCGAAAUAUUUGCAAACACCACAUUGAUUCAUAUAUUGCGUUGUAUCAGCUGAAAAUGGAAAAGGAAGAAGAUUUAAACUCAAUUUACAGACUGAUCAAAACAGAAUUGAUUGAUUCAAAUAAAUAUCCUCCCCAAAUAAUUAUGCGAGACAUUUUAAAUAUCAUUCCGUAUAAUAAUCGCUAUGCAAAGUCAUAUUUAUCUCUUGCCAAACUCAUAUCUGAUGAUUACCAUGUCACAGAGGUCAGAAAUGUUGAACAACCUAUUUCAAACUUCUUGUUUUACAAAGAAUAUGGAAUUAAAUUAGACAAAUCAUAUGAUUUUGAAAAAUUUAACUUGGAAAAUCUGGAUAUUCAUAUAGAAGAUACAAUUUACAGAGCAAUUAUGUAUAAUGACUUAGAAAGAUUCAUCACAUUCACAGAAAGAGAAUAUUUUGAUAAAGAUCAAAUACUUAAAUGCGAUUUAUAUCCAUAUUCUUAUUAUGGAUAUUCAUUACUUGAAUUAUGUUGUUACCAUGGAGCAGUAGAUUGUUUCAAGUUAUUAAGAACGAAAUUUAACUCAGAAAUAACUGGAAAUUGUCUAGAAUUUUCAUUUUUAAGAGGAAAUCCGGAUAUCAUGAGCGAAUGUUUGAAAUAUCAAAAACCAGAUGAAUAUUGCAUGAAGUAUGCAAUUAUUUCACACAAUAUUGAUUUUGUUACAUUCUUGAUGAAUGAAUAUAAUAUAAGGAUCAAAUUGGAUUAUUGUGUACAGUUUAAUAAUCUCGAAUCAUUUUUAGUAUAUUUAGACCAAACUAAUGAUAUAAACAAAUGCUUUGCAAAUUUAGCAAUGUUUAAUAUUCCAUCUCUUUGUGAAUAUUUCCUAUCAAAUGGUGCAAAUGUCAAUGAAAAAGGUGAAUAUGGACAAACCGCUCUUCAUUAUGCAGCAUGUUAUAACAAUAAAGAAACUGCUGAACUUCUUAUAUCACAUGGUGCAAAUAUCAAUGAAAAAGAUAAGUAUGGAACAACAGCUCUUCAUUUUGCUGCAAAAUAUAAUAGUAAAGAAACAGCCGAACUUCUUAUAUCACAAGGUGAAAAUAUCAAUGAAAAAAAUAAUUAUGGAACAAUAGCUCUUCAUUUUGCUGCAGAAAAAAAUAGUAAAGAAAUAGCCGAACUUCUUAUUUUACAUGGAAUAAAUAUCAAUGAAAAAAAUGAUUUAAGAGAAACCACUCUUCAUUAUGCUGCAGAAAAAAAUAGUAAAGAAACAGCCGAACUUCUUAUUUUACAUGGAAUAAAUAUCAAUGAAAAAGAUCAUAGGAAAAGAACCGCUCUUCAUUACGCGGCAGAACAUAAAUUUAAAGAAACAGCCGAACUUCUUAUUUCACAUGGUAUAAAUAUCGAUGAAAAAGAUAAUGAUGGAAAAACCGCUCUUCAUAUUGCAGCACGUUAUAAUCUUAAAGAAAUAGCCGAACUUCUUAUAUCACAUGGAAUAAAUAUCAAUGAAAAAGAUAUAUUUGGAUUAACCGCUCUUCAAAUUGCAGCACGUUAUAACUAUAAAGAAAUAGCCGAACUUCUUAUUUCACAAUUAAUGUGA